AUGGGGGCAGGAAGACAGGUCAAACUCCUGUUGUGGAAAAACUGGACCAUACGCAGGAGGCAAAGGGUAAAAUCCAUUCAUCAACAGCAUACAACACCAUCUAUUUCAGAGUAACCAAGGGUUGAAUUGCUUUAAAGGUGCAGUGGGUCAUCUAUAGGGCUUUCAAUGAUACAGACUUGGUAUAGAAAUGAAAUCAUCAUUUAGAUUUAAGUAUUUUUUCAGUAUUUUGGCUGAAAUAUGAAAACUGAAUAUCUUCUACGAGUGGAUUCCCUUCCAGGAUGGCCACCACCUUGCACCAUCAUGUUUUUAUGGUAGCACAGAAUAAACAUUAACAAACUAGUACCUACUUCUCUAUGUAGUGCAGCACCGGUGGUUGGGAUGUGAAAAAUGAAAGAGUGGUCAUUGUUUUGCACAAAAGACUUUGUAUUGAGAAACAUUUAAAGCACACUGUACCUUUAAAGUCAUUCUUGGAUGAUACUGAUUUUUACUGAUAAGCUUUUUCUGAGUGGACAGGCUGUGAUUAGUUGCAUAAAUUCUAAGAUAAACUUGCUUAGUGCUACUUGAACCCCUGCUUUUGAUUUGGCUCAAAUUUUAUAGUUAUUGAAUUGGAUAUGGAUCCUAUCCAGUCCUCUCCUCAUUUGUGCUGCAACUUUCCCUGAAGUCAUCAAAAUCUGGCCUGAUUUUUUUCUCAUAUUCCUGCGGACUGACUGACUAACACAGAAAAACAAUUUGGACAACAAGUCUGCAUUUUUUGGGCAAAUGAGCUUAGAGUAUAAUCUUCCUCAUUCACAACCAUGGAUUGUGGGGAAAAAUGUGUUGUUAUAAAAAUGUCAACAAAAAUAAUAAUAAUAACUAAAUGUAGAAAAACUAAGUUUCUGUGGAAAUCGAUGAAGUUUUGGCUGUGAUCUCUGUCCAGGUGCGUUUUUUCAUGGAGAUCAUGUGGCCUGUGAUGCUCUUUAUGGGACUAGUUUGGCUUCGAAGAGUGAACCCACUUUACCGUCAACAUGAAUGUAAGAAAACACCACAGAAGUAUGAGAAACAUUUAUACCCACAGAAAUAUGACGUCCUGUGUGAUCUGCAAUGUUGGUUUUCAUGAUUUUCUUCAGGUCAUUUCCCCAACAAAGCCAUGCCCUCUGCAGGGAUCCUGCCAUGGAUCCAGGGAAUCUUCUGCAACGCCAACAAUCCUUGUUUUCAGUACCCCACCCGUGGUGAAUCUCCAGGUCUGGUGUCCAACUACAACAACUCCAUGUAAGAACCACGUGUAGAGCUGUUAUAGGGAAGUCAUCAUGAGCUAAGGGAUGUGUUCUGGGGUUAAAGGAUAGCGUUAUGUAACUGAGUUAAACUGAGAAAAUGUUUGAAUCUUCCAGUUUAAUGUUUAAUAUAUUUCCUUUAUUCCUCCAUCUGCAUGAUUUCUGUUUGGUCUUCCUUCUCAGAUUGGCUCAGUUUUACUCAGACGCUCAGGAGCUUCUUUUCAGUGACCCGGCUUUUCUGCAGCUCGGUUGCCAGUGGAAUGAGCUGAACGCCAUGAGUAACUUCAUGAACUCCCUACGCACUCAUCCUGAACGUUUUGCAGGUCAGUGCUUCAGCCUUUCAGCAGCACCCUGCACAGAAAUCUCUCUCCGUAGAUGAUCAAGUUCAGGAUGAAUGGAUGGUGUUGCAGGUGUGCAGUGAGCAAGGGGGAAAAGUGAGGUGGAAGUACGAUGGUGUUUAUGGGUAAUUACAGUUACAGGCACAUAUGUUAUGUAAAUCCUGUUAUGGUGUAUCGUACACUGCAAAUGAAAUGACAUCUUGCACGAAACCCAAGGUCUUCUCCCACUUUAUUAAAAAUUCAUUUUAGCAGAAAAGAUGCCAUCAGACUUGUGACUGAUAAUAAAGGCUGAUGUUUUUCAUAUUUAGGGUUGACUUUCUGAGUUAUGACUUGAGUUUAUUUGAAGCCACAUAAACAAAAGGAUGUGUUACAUCAGUUAGUAGUGCAGGCCUCAGAUUUGUUACUGUGGUUAGAUAUACAGGAUGUAAGUGCAAAGAUAAUGUCAGUCUCUGCAGAGACUUCAGAUAUGUUGUGGUUCUGAGUAUUUAGAGUUAUUUUUGUGUCGUGCUUGUGGAGAAACUGUUUGAAAACUAUUUAAAAGAAGGGUCACGCUUCAUUUCUUGCACCUGCAUGAUUUUUCUGUCAUAUUUUGUAUCAGUGAACUCUUUCGUCCAAACUAGCUUUGUAAACUGAGAGAAACAGUUGAGGGAGGAUCUAUGGCUCAGACUAGGUUUUAUAAAUGUUACAUCUGUGACCGUCAGAAUCAAGGUCUCAGUCUGUAUCAGGCCUCAGUCAUUUCUCGAUCAGUCUGUCUGUGUUGUACACGCUGUAACAGGAUUACAUGACAUGGGUUUAAGAAGGCCCGUAAGUUAAUCUGCUUAUUCUCGCCACCACCGCGUUGUUUAUUUGGUGGGAAAGCAAUUCACGUGUUCCCAGUCCAUACUGAGCUGACCCUGAGGGACACACAGAGGAACACUGAUCCCAUCUCUGGAGACUCCAUGCAAACAUUUCUCUGUAAAUAUAUAUGUUACAUGUUCAUGUGUAGUGUGUAUAUUUAGCAUGUUUCCCUGCUGGUAAAAUAAACCUCUGUGAUGGGAGAGAGACAAGGCCGAGAGCAUUCCAGCCUGUGAGGGAUUCGGUCUGCUCGCUCUCUGUGCUGCUGCUGCUCUCAUGGAGAAUGGUGUUGGUGGACAAAAACUGAGCUCUCACAGAUACAGAUCCACAUUCCUCUUAAGUUCCCAUGAGCCCCCAGGGGAGACAAUUGAAUAAUGUUUGAGGAGUGAGUUAUGUAAGUGAAGAAAGAGACUCAUCGUAAAUGGUUGUAUCAAUCAGAAGAUGUUUAAGUGAAAGUGUGCAUUAUGUACAAGGUCUUUGAUCAUGAGCAGGUUAGCGUGUGAGUCUGUGUGGAAAAAACAUUGUCUGUUCAUGUAGAGCUCGUGUUGUAUGAUCUUUUAUCACACAAAGUAACUUAGCUUUUUUUUUAAGGGUACAUUUUUGCUGAGAGUUACAAGACAAGAUCGGUUCACCAGAUGUUUCUGAACAAAGUCAGCAUUUUUUUAAUGUCAAAAAUCAAUCAAGUCAGUUUACAUAGCAUCUUUCAUACCAGUCAAAUGCCAUCCAAAGUGCUGUACAGUGAUUGAAAAACAUGAAAAGUAUAAAAUGAUGAAAAAACAUGAGACAUAAGAAACAGAAACAGAUGUGGGAAUAAACCACUGCGCACUUGUAACAAUAUAAUUUAAUAGAAAAGAGUCAAAAAAGACUAAAAAUAGUUAAAUUGUAGAAGAUUAAAACAGCUUUUGAUAAAUAAACACUAAACACAGCAAUAAAAAGAAGGGGCUAAAUAAUAAUAGAUUUGAAUCAGUGUUCUGUAGAGCCGUGUUAUUUCUUAACAUCUCUGUGUCAUCUCUGUCAGUAAAUGGGAGUAUGGGGUUAUUAAUAUUCUACAAUACAAUAACAAUACAUCUUAGGAUAUGUAUGAUAAGACAGUAUAGCGUAUUAAAAUGUGUUGUUGUACUUAUCUUUGUUGUCUCCUUGGUUGUGCAGCUGUUUUGUCAGUGUGAGUUGCUUUUCAAUGUGCUAAGUUAUAAACCUGGUGUGACUUGUGAAAAAUAGAAGUUCAGUAUCUGUGAGUAAUGUGUGAAGUUCCUCCAUCUGUGGUUAGCCAGCUGCUUCCUGCAUGUUUGAUUUCCAUGUAACUUUGUCGCUCUCUAAAGAGCUGCUUACAGUCUUUGACUCAAGUAUGGCCAUGAUGGGAAUAUACUCUUUUGCUCCAGCCUGUUUACUAACCGUAUUAACCCUUUGUUGUCCAUCACAGAAAUACAUCCUUACAUCUUUGGCUCUAUGUUCACAUAUACAUCUUCUUAUCUUGUGAGCUUUUGGACGACUAUGGGACAGUGAAGAUUUCAAAAGUUCCUUAAGAGCAGGGCUUGGCUAGCUUCCUUUCUUUCCUCCUUUGCCCUUCUUCUUCUUUUCUGUCUUUUGCUUCUUUUUCCUCCUCUCUCUUCCCUCCAUUUACUCUCUUUCUGGAUAAAACAGUCUCAGCCCUUCCCUCUCACCCACUUGGCCUGCUCUCUAGUUGGCGUUCGUGAACUUUGUCAGUCAAGCGGUGUAAGUUGAGGUUGAAACUGUUUUUUGUUUGGCAGGUAGAAACUGAAUCAUGCACAGACAGGCAGCUGAAACAACCAGACUACGACAUGUUUCUUCAUCCAAAAUUCCAGUCUUCGUAAGGCUGUGGAUUUGUUUCAGCUUGUCCUAAGCAUGUGCCAAUAACUUUAUCCUGAUUUGUCCAUUGUUUCUGGUUUCCACUGCCUGACAUAGGAGAAGGUUUAAUAUAUGUAGUCUAAGUUUAAAAAGCUUGAUGGGAACUUGAUUAGUGUAAUAACUCGAGUGCAAACACAACAAAAGACUGGCCAGACUUCACACACAGAGUUGAAGACAAGAUGUUGUUUUCAGUUACGUCAUCUAUUUGUCUCUCUCUGUCUCUGUGUGUCUCUGCAGGUCGUGGGAUAAAGGUGGAGUCGAUCCUGAAAGACGAUGAGCUGCUGACGGCGUUCCUGCUCAGAGACAUCCCUCUGGCAGCCCCUGUGGUGAAUCAGCUCCUCACUGCCCAAAUACGGCCUGAGCAGGUACAAACAAACAGCACACUCAUGGACAGACUGUAGAGUACCAUAUUUUUACCAAUGACAUCCAAUCCAGAUCUUGUUUUUGCUUGGUACACUGGCAGAAGAUAAAUGUGGCCUAUGAUAAGUCCAGUGAGGUUUUUAGAUUUGAAAUAAGGAAAAAAAACUGCCAAGAUUGAACUGUUUGCAGUUUAAUUCAAUCCAUCCAUCAGUUUUUAUGAAUUAAGUUCAUAAUAAUAAAGAUUUCAGACUGCUGUAGAUUUAGAAAUGGUCUAUCCUGGGCUUUACAUACAUUACAAAGGACAGACAGAUAUAAAAACCAAGGAUUCUUUAAAUCGUGAGAUAAUCGUGGAAGCCAAGAUAAUCCACUCCCCCAUUUCCAAAGCAUGGCUGAGUUUUAGGGCCACAUUUUAGAGGGAAAACAGUCUGAGAUUUAAAGAAAUAAGUGGUAGAUGUGUAAUAAAAAACAAUAAUUUAAGAGGAUAAAGUAAAAGACUCACAAGAAUCAAGUUACCAACUUGGACAAAAUAAGUUUUGACUUUAAGUUGUGUACACAUACAUUAAUCUACAGAUAUGUCAGAUGAGCAACCAGCUGCUCAUACUAAAGUGAGGACUGUGGUGCAGCUUGUGAAGCUAUACAGCAGUAGUUUCUCUGAUAGAUAUCUAAAUACGUGAUUAUGUAUUUCAAUAUUACAGUCAGUAAUAAGUAUCAGGACUCUUUAAAUGUUGCGCAAGAAUGAGUCUAUUCUGUAGAAAGCUGUCUCAAAGACAGCUUUACUGACAACAAAAAUAUGUUUUUUCAGUAAUUACAACUUCAUUCUAAUCAAUGUACAACGUUUUGCUUGUGGAUGUAGACCUUAUUCGUGUGAAGUUUCUAUUUUAAUUUGGGUAAAUUCAUGAUUUUUGACUUGAAGACUUGGAUGUCAUACAAUAACAGCUUUGAUCUUUUAAAUUUACUUUUACUUUUUACUUUUACUCAGCUUUUUAGCUGACAGUUUUCAACAUUCAAACUUUAUUCAUGAGAUUUCACAAAAACGUAUUUUUUUUAAUUUAUUACUUUUUUUCUUGUACAUUAACAACUGAAUUCUCAUAAAUAAAAGACUCUUUUCUUUUCUUCAUUUUUGUAAAUUGAGACCUGGUUCUUUUGGUUUUACGUUUAAAUUCUUAUAAAUUUACAGCUUUACUCGUCUCUCUUUAAUAUUACAGCUUCAUCCAUGUGAUUUCAUGAGACUUACUUAUUUGUAAAUUAUUAUUAUUUCACCACGGCUUCCUUCUUUUACAUUCACAACUUCAAACCAGUCUUUUAAGUACGUUUCUAUAGCAGUUUUUCUUUACAGCUUUAUUCAUAUGUAUUUUCAUCAUUUUACAACUUAAUUCUUGUAGGAUUUGAAACUUUACUUUGAUAAAUGUUAAACUUUUUCUCAGAAUUUUGUGUCUUUUUUUUCACAACAGCAUGGCUCUAUUCUCAUAAUAUUAUGACUAUGCUUUCAUAAUUAUAUGGCUUUGUUCUCUGAAUAUUCUGGCUUUACUUAUUAUUUAUUUUACAACCACUGCAUUCUCAAAACCUCAGAUUUCUAUUUAUCCUUAACGUGACCCUGAUCCUCUGUUGUUUCAACAUCCGCUUUUGGGUGUUGGGUUUGAAGAGCACAACCACACUGAGUUGUUGAUCAUCAUCCAGACAUGUUUGAUUUUAUAUCGUACAUAACACAUCAAUGUCAACAGCAGUUCUUCUGUUACAGAGGAGGUUUUCGACGAGCUGAGACUUGUCUGUUCUCUCUGUCCUCCGUGGGAAUGUCUUUUAGUGUGUGACAUAUUGACUUCAGGUAUGUUGUACGGAUCUGAUGCUGAGCAGUAAAUCAGGCUGUAAUAAAUCUCCCUUUGGCAGUUUACAAAGUGCUAACACAAAUAAGUUCACACAUUUUUCAGACACCAGUGGCUCCUCCUGGGGUUAACUGUGUCGCUGCAGUAUUCUGUGCGGGUAUUCUGUGUGUAAUCCCAGUUAUAGCAGGUUUGAAAGCUGUCCCAGAGGUUGGGCUGCAUGCUUAAGUUUGUACCUCUUAUGUAAGUUUUGGGGGAAGUUUCAAGCACGAGUGAAUCAUCAACUUUGACAGACUUUUUCAUGAAAUGGAAUCAAUGCUGUGUAGUUGCACAGGUUUCUGAAUGAAAGUAACCUUCCAUUUACCAUGCCACAGUAGUCUAUUUUGCUUCUCAACAGCUACAGAGAGCUGCUGUGCUUAAAUAAAGUGAAAUGAAACUGUUGACUAAAAAGGGGAGAUAGCAUCACAUAAAUGUUGUCCAAAACCAUGAAAUUAAAACAAUAGAGUCGAUUUCAUGGGAUCUUUUGGACAGUACUCUGACUUGUGAUGGGGAGAUUUCGUUCUCCUUCUCAGCUGCUGCCAAAGUGACUGAGAGGGUUGCCCUAAUUAAAGGAUCCACAGUCCGAUCCUGAGCUCCUCAAGUCCGCAUGUCAGGGUGUGCUUUGCCAAGAUACUGAUCCAAAACUGCUCCUGAAGCUGGGUCACCAGGUUUAAGUGUAUGAGAAGUGGAUUAGAUCCUGAAGAGCAGAAUCUGUUCUGAUCCAGUCUGGUGUGUUUGACCAGGUCAUUUUUGGUGUCCAACAAAAGGGCUUUUCAUCUACCUUGUCAUGAUGUUUCAUUUUCUUCGUGCAACUUUCCAUGGUUGUAUCUUGUCUCCUAAAAAGAAGCACAACACUUUGUGUUGUAACAUUUUACAGAAAGCCUUCCACUCGGUUAUCCCGUUAUUGUUCUUAGCAACUAUGAUAUCUUUGCCAUCAGAAAUCUCUGAACAUGUGUGGAGCCCCUCCUGAUGGUCAAACCCAUUCUUUCCAUCCUGGCUGUUCAGUUUGUGCAGUCAACUCUGCAUAUCCACGUAUUUUAUUUCAUACACAUCUUCCGCUGAGUCCUCUGAGGGUACUAGCAAUCUUUUUUUAAAACAUGUCCUGCAUAGUGUAAUUUGCUGAUGUUGGAAGUUACUCUGAUGCAGGAAACAGACCAAAUCUGCUGACAAGUCAACAGAUGAUAUCACAAUGCAAUGAUAUCAAUGUGUAUCUUAAGUACUUGUUUAUAACCAGCCUGACCUACAUACACUUCCUUUAUUUCUGCCAAGUUUGCCUCAGGGGUCCCAGACCUGCAUCUAAAGGACAUCGCCUGCAGCUUGACCCUGCUGGAGCAAUUCCUCAUCUUCCCGAGCCGCAGAGGACUCUACGCUGUUCGACACGCCAUGUGCAUCCUCCCUGCUCAACGGCUCCAGAUCAUUGAGGACAAGUUCUAUGCCAAUGUUGACUUCUUCAAGCUCUUCAAACUGGUCAGUGUUGGCUUGGAUUAAGAGUGCUCAUAUAGAUGAUGGUUUUUAAAGGAUUAGGGGACUGUUUCAGUCGAAGAUACAAGAAUAAAUAUCUGCAAAGGUAAACAUAGCAACUAUCUGAGCCAAAUUAAACUCUCAUUAGUGACCUAUAAUGUUGUGGAAAUGGUGAAUGACAGCGCCUAAACCCACGCCUCUACUAUUUUCAUCAUUCAAGGGAGAACUAUGAGUUUCUUAAACCUUCUUCUCAUCCGCCCUUUUGUUAUUUUGGGUUCCUCAUGACUAAUAGGUUUAAUUGUUAUGAAAGAUUGCUUCAGCUGGAAACUGUGAAAAGAGGUUGUUGCCUAAUUUCUGACGUAGCAGCUCUACUUGCACUCCUCAAAUCCUGUAGGCGUUUAAAUAUCAUGUAGGAGUAGGGUGGUGGGGCCACUGUGGGAGGUAGUGCUAAUGGAAAAUGCAGUCUUAUCCCCAAUAAAAAACAUCCGUAAUUUCACCCAAAGUGGUCACCAAAUCAACGUGACAUCAAACUCUUGACAGAAGCUCAUGAACGAACUCUGGUUCGCCGUCAUGAUGAUGAAAUUCUUAGUGUUUACACUCAGGUCACAUUAACAUUUCAUUGAGAGGUCAACUAUUGUCCAACUCUAAUGAUGCUGAUAGAAACAUCAUAUUUAAAGAGUGAGAAGCAUUCAUUUGACGUCAUUUGGCAGAGUUGUUCAUUCAGCUCUUGAAUAGGAGAGGACAGUAUAGAGCUGUGGUUGGAUUAGCACCAUUUGGGAUGUGGCCAAUUUAAUUAUCGUAUUUACAAAGACCUUCAAUGGCAGCUCACUGAAGUCUGAGCCAACAGCUGGCCAAAGGUCUUUAGGUUAAGCUGGCAUUGGACACGGGAGUAUUUGGCAGGAUAUGACAUGUAUAAGACAGUUAUAAACGCAGUAGGAUGCUGAUAAAUCCAUUAAUGUGAUUUAUAUGUGAAUUGAUCAGAUUUUAUAGUUCAAAUGAGUUUUAUUGGGGUGUGAAGCUGCUGAUUAGUGUUUUUAAAUGAUAACAGCAUUUAAUGGUCUACACUUCUGCAGUUCAUGUCUGACUCCACAUCAGGUGUUUGUACUCGGAUCACAUCUGAAUUGAGAUUGAACAAGCUCACACAGGUCUGUUAUCCAGCAGUUUACAGCCAGAGAAACAGAUAAACAGCUGUUAGUAUAUUUACAAGAGCUCUGACUCACGGAUGUUUCUCAGGAACUCAAAUGAAAUAGAGUCUGAAUCAAACCAUCAAAACUGGACCCCAGGCUUUUUAAAGAGCUCUGCAUUUAAUAGGGAUGUGUGCAUCCAGUCGAAAAAACAUCACCACUCUUGCCAGGCAAUAGAAUUACUCAUCAGUUUGAUGACGACUACCACCUGGAUGUACAGAAACGUGGGUCACAUGACAGCUGGUGUCACAGCACAGUUUGGCAUAUUUGAUUCAGGAAAAGGAGAUAAGGUUGAAUGAAAGUCGUUUCUAAGUGGCUCCACUGAAGCAAACUGUUACACACACAGCUGGCAUGUAGAUGCUAACAUGCAGACACUCUGUUAAGCUGAAUGAAAUAAAUUGUGCUCAAUUUGGACUUUUUAAAAUUUUUAUCCGUAGUUUAGAUCAGUUAGGUAGUUGGGAUUCAAAUCCACUUUCAAUCAAACAGCGAGUUGAUCACUGCUCAACAUCUGUAGAAUUUGAAGACCUCAUGUCUACAAGUCAUUUAUUCAAAAAGGUAGAAAUGUUUACUGUAAAGACAUUGUAACACAUUUAUUGCUGGUUAACUAUAUGAUUAAAGCUCCUAUGAGGAACUUUCAGUUUGUCCCAAUUUUGGCACCGCCUGCGGAUAAGACUUUGCUUAUCUUGUCCUUUACAUGCUUUAGUGGCGACUUUUGACAAAAGAAAUCUCAUCCUGUUGACUUGUCACAGCCAAACAUGUCGCUCUUGUGAAUAUUUUAUGAGGAAAAAUUAAAAUUAUUUGAUCUAAUUUCUAAUAGGUUUAUUUUCUUUUGGUUGUCACGUAAAGGUAAUAUCAAUAUGACUCUCAAUGUAUUUAAAAAAUUUACAAAACUAGGAUAUUUAAACCCACAACAUCUGUUUUGGGGCGCUCAAAGGUAAAAGUUUUAAACUAUGUUCCUGCACGAUAACUUCUUUUGUGUUCAGCAAUGUGCAGUUUAAAUGAAGAUGUGUAGCUCUAUUAUCACUGUGCUGCCAACUACCCAUUUAGCAGUCAACACCAGUUGAUGAUCCUAAAUUGAAUCACAGCUGUGAGAGUUUUAUAUAUCUAUGAAUCAUCUUUUAUCAGUACAUCCUGCUGUCAGGACUGUUUUUACUGGGUUUAGAUUGUUUUAAAUAGAUUAGACUUUUUGAAGCUUUUUGCUUAUUCCUGUCUGAGCGACAUUGGUGGCAGCUGAAAAAAGAUAUCCUUAAAUUUUCUUAAGUCUGUGGAAUGUACUAAUGUUGUUUUGUUCUGUAAAAAUACUGGAUUGCAAACAGUUCAAAAGAAAACACACAAUGACGUCCAGGCUUUUUUUUAUCCAGGAGGGACUUUCUGUCUUUACUAAGUGCUCAGUGAUGCUGAAUCCAUAUCUCUGAAGAGGAAGGAUGUCUUCUCUGGAAGUUCUUGGCCUUGGCCUCAUGUGCUUCCUGAACCUUUAGCCUAUUGUGUGGUGAGCUGUCUGGAGGAUCUCUGUGCACACUAGCAGAUCCUUUAGGGACAAGAAUACCAGCAGAUCAGAUUCAAGGGAAAGAUAUUACUCAUUAAUGAGGAAUCUGGUCCACCUUUCAAUCCUUCUUCUGCCUCUCUGGGGUUUUCAUUUUUAAUUACAGAGCCAAACUUUAAACAAACAGUUUGGUUUGUUGUCAGUAAAUAUAUACAGUAUGACAAACAUUGGUAGAAAAAGAAAGUGGGAAAUUGUUUAGAUCAUUUCUGGUCAGUCUGCUGCUUAAAAUGCCUUAUAUAAGCUCACCCAAAGAGCAGAGGACACCAAGAACAUUUCUGCAUCAGGAAGAAAUCACUUUCACAGUGAUGUUCUUGUGAGAAAUAAAGUGCAGCAUGUUGACAGAUUUCCAGGUGAAAGUUAAAACAUAUUUUUAGUUUUAAGAUGAUGUAUUUGUGUUUCUUUCCAGCUUCCGCUCGAGAUGGGCAAAAAGUCUAAAGGCAUCGACAUCCGCUCGUGGGUUUGGGUCGCCUCUGCAGUCUCGGACAAACUGAGAAAGGUAAGACUCAUGGCUGACACACGGCUUCAGUCCAGGUCCAUUCAAGAGUUCACCGCCCUCUAAUUUUAGCCGCCAGGAAACAGUUGCUUCCUCUUGCCUGAGUUUUUACGCAAACACAGACGGUGGGGGAUAUCAUUUAGUGCGUAUGAGGAAGGCUAAAUCCAGAACAGGCCUCGUUAGGCUCGAAAACAGAUACAUCAUCAUUUCAGGAGAAUCCCAAUGAAAACAAAACAGUGAGGCUGCAGGGACAGGUGAAGCCUGUGGAUGUGGAAAAGGUGUAACUUCAGCACUGAUGGAUUGAUCUGUUUGUGGUGUCAGAUUUAGCUCUGUCAGUGUAACACCCCAGGGUCAGUUUAAAUAGUUAUUCUGACUCAUGUACCAGCACUUUGUCAGAUUUAUCAUUAUGCAACCGUUUACAAAUCCUUUGUGGUCUACCUGCUCUUAAAACAUCAAGUGUGUGUAUGUGCCUGGUGUUACCGUUCUCUCUGUUUGUUGUGGAUGUUUCCACGAGACUUUAAUUGUGGCUGACAGUCCCACAUCCUGUUGGCAAGACUCUAGUCUCUUUGUCCACAAUGGACAGUCUGAUGUCGAGACAGACUGCAGGAAGACACUGAUUCAGUCAUUUGCUUCUUAUAUCAAAGGAGGAAUAUUUCAGUGAAAACAAAACAAACUAGAGUACAGCCUCUCAUUUCCGUACUUUUAGACAAAAACUUAGAGGGACAGACAACACUAGAGAGAGGAUUCCUUCAUCAACUUUUGGAUCCAGCACUGGAUCUGUGUAACACAUGAACUAAAGAGAGAGAAAAAUGACUGAGGCAGACAUGGACCAGCAUUUUCACCAUAGUUUGUGACUUACACAGAAUUCAGGCCAGAGCAACAUUUGCACAUGAGCUCUGAACAGCCCAAACCUACAUUAACCAGCAGCACAACACUAAAACACUUACACAAUUGAUUGAAUUUCAGUUAAAUCUUUAAACCAAUUUAUUUACAUGAAUUAUUAACAUAAAGACACACACUAAUGCCAACCUGCUGAACUAACAAGAAGAUCCCUCUUUUAACUAGACAACCAGUGUUUGCAGACGUUAUUUAGCUGUUUAACUAUUUUUUGUCAUCUGAUUCAUUUGUUGUCUUCAUCAAUAAGGAUAUUUCUACUUCUGUACUUUAUUGCAGAUCAACAAUGCAUGUUUCAUUGUUGUUUCAAUGUUUAUUUCCACAAUCAGUGAUCUUGUCAUCCCUCCUGUCACCUUGUGCGGCAUGAAUUUCUCCUGAUGAAAUGCCAAUCUUUGUUGUGCAUGUGCUGUGAUUUUACUUAAUGAUUAUGAUAAUAAUAAUUUUAUUUACAUAACACUUUAAAAAACAAGAGUUUACAAAGUGCUUUAAUCUGCAAAAACAAAGAAAGAUAAAAACAACAGAACAACAACUAGAGAACACUUGGAGGAAAGAGCCUAGACAAGACUAAAACCCAGACUACAUGUCCUAUGGAGACAUUGGCAAUAAAAAUAUUAUAAGUAAAUUAAAUUGAAUUAAAAUCGGUGACAGACAUUAAAGUUUUCAUGAGUGUCACGUGAGCUGGGAUGUCAUUAAAACAAAGACAUCAUAAGAACCCAUGACACCCAGCCAACAAAGGAACCCAACCUCAAAAACCUGAGACCAAGGGGACUGAAGUUCAGAGACGCAUGUAAAAGAGAGGGAAUAAGAGCGAAUAACAUUAAGAGAAGUCCAAUUGUCCUGCUUUUGUUAAAAGCCUUGAUAGUCUGUCAGCAUUUGGUCAUACUUAUCUCAUUGUGUGACUCUAGAGGGGUGUACCAAGAUUGUUUUGACUGGGGAGGCACAGCUUCAAUCCUGACAUGUGGAUGGCCAAAGUGUGUGCAUUAUUAACCGUUUUUCUGUCAGUCUUCACUGUUUGCUUUUAUAAAAUACUGUCAUUAAAUUGUUGAAGAGAUAUAAUAUUCCUGUGUAUGAGUUUAGUGUAUAUAGUGAUGAUAAUAGGUAAAUGUGUAUUAGAGAGUCAAAUGUUAACGUGUUUUUUUAGGUCUUAUGAUUUCCUGCCCAUCCAAACCUCUGAGCUCCACUGACACUAAACUGAUUUUAAUUUAAAGAGGCCAAAUGAAGUUCUGUAAGACAUGGUGUCACUUCUAAUUCAUUUAAAACAGUCAUGGUGGUGAAAAAAUGACCUUCUUUCGUUUCCACAGUUAUACCAGAGAAACAGCUCCAGGGAGCUGCUGCAGGUGGUGACUCCUCUUCUGCAGAACAAUCUGACCUUCCGGCAGGUGAUGACUGCUGCCUCCAGCCUCAUCUGUGGAUACUCUGAGGGAGCUUUCUCCAGGGUCACUUCCUUCAACUGGUACGAGGACAAUAACUACAAAGCUUUCCUGGGGAUUAGCAGCGGGCGAACCCAGCACCAGUACACCUACGACAACAGCACCAGUGAGUAGACUGUACAGAUGUUAGAGCAGAUGUUACUUCAGUAUUGCUUUUUGACCAAGUACCUCCUAGCCUGGUGUCACCACACCCAUCAGUCAGCUCACUUUGACUUUUGCAGGUGGGUCUGAAGUUGUCAUUCUGAAAGCUUUCCCACCAAUUUGAAAUACACCAGACCAAUCAUAGUCCUUUGUUUAGAAAUGGGGCAGGUUCUGUUGGAUGAGAAGCGCCACUUCAACCUUUUGGUAAACAACUCCUCAGAUGGCAGCUUCCUUUGCAAAGUGCGCCAUUGAAACCUGACAUUGUGACCUUUGUAAAGCAACUGGAGUUUGGAUUUCAAAUGGAUUCUGCUGUCUGCUGUGUGACACAGAUGAGCAUAUCUUCAACUGGACAGCUGGAGGACUGUCAAGGAGAACUGGUCUACCAAUACUGGGUUAGGUGUCUUUUUCCUGUAGCUGGAACAUUGCCUCAAACUUUGCUUCAUUUGUCUGAAUGAGACACUAAAGGAGUGUAUUCAGGUACUGGAAUAGACCUUGAGAACAUCAAAGAAACUGUUUGUAGCAAAUCAUUUGUGAUUAUGAAUACAGAAUUGAGCUAAAGAGACCCAAAUGUUUUUAUUACACCAUGCAGUCAACCUAUCGAUUUCUGCCACAAAGCUGCUAGCUAUGGGGGUCAGCUCGUUUUUGGGAACAGCCUCAAGUGGACAUUUGGGGAACACUUUUGCUCCGGCUUCAUUUUUGGUUUCAUUUCUCAGCCCUAAAAGGAGAAAAAUAAAGCUGGACAAUCUAAAGCGUUGUCUGGAUCAGGCUGUUGUUCAUUCAUUCAGUUCCUCACCUGUGAUGUGUCUAUUUUUCUGGUAACUUUUUUGAGUGUUGUCAUUUACCAACUUUGAUAUGUGUAUUUAUAACAUGUCUGUUCCUGCAGCUCCUUUCUGCAAUGAUCUGAUGAGAGAGCUGGAGUCGAACCCUGCCACCAGGAUCGUGUGGAACUCAGUGAAGCCCAUGCUGAUGGGACGGAUCCUCUACGCCCCAGAUUCUACGGCCGUCAGGCAGAUAAUAAGAAAUGUAAGCAGACUUUAGUGCAAAAGCAUAGUGUGGUCUAUUAUUUUAAAGAGUUAAAAAAAUCCUUAACCUUCUUACUACUGUUUUGUUGUAAGUCCUUUGGUAAAGUCUUGCAUUAGUGAAACAUUCAAGACUUAAAAUAGAUUUUUUUCUGCUGUGUUUUAGAUUCAUUUCAUACAGUAUCAGGCUCCUUUUAGAUGAGAUGUGAUGCAUUUUUCACUCUCUAAAAAAGUGACAGUGACAGUGCAGUUUUGCUGUAAAUACAUUUUUGCAGCAGCACUAAAAUGGAAAGAAAUUAACUAUUAUAGAAUAAAUAAAAAGAACUGCCAGAUUUAUUUCUUAUAGGAUUCCUGUCACUUCUUUGUCAUCCUUGUCUUUGAUUUUUUUGGCACAAGUGGGUAUUCUGCCGAGAACAAAACAUCUCAGGCAGAAAGAGGAUCAGUUUUCUUGGUGUCAUGUCGAGGCCUUUGUGUGUGGAUGUAGACCUGCUGGUCAAAGCCUCUCAGGGGGGCAGCGGUCAUGGAUGGUUUGGUAGCAAUGGAAGAACACAAGCUGAUCGGCUGUGGUGACUUCCUAACAGUCCUCUGGCGCCAGGGCUUUCUCAGUGUUAUGUAAGCAGUAAGAAUCUGUCCUGUGAGACACACACAUACACAGACACACAUAGACACACACACUGGUGCUUCCUGGUUCUUGACCUUUAAUGCCCUCUUUGUUUUCCUCUUCCCUCAGAUUGGGAUCUUAAUUGUGCUAAGAACGUAAUGACAAAGGGGUUAAUCUGUUACUUAAAAAGACUGAAAACAUGACCUCUACAGCCUCUUUGUUCUCCUCUCUGUCACUUUGUCAUGCAUCAGAUUGUUUUUCGAGGAAACGUUGUAGACUCCUGUUCAGUCCUGAAGCUCUUACCUGCACCCUGUCAUCAGUGCAUCACCAAAAAUCCCGAUCACAUGAUUUACAUCUAAGUAAAACCACCAAACACUACAUCUUUGCAAAUCCAUUUUAAUAUAGCAAACAGUUCUGGAGAUUUGGCCAAUAUUAAGGUGAAAUGGCAAAGCUUACAGUGAAGGACAGAUACUUAGUUUUGUACUUAAGCUUUGGUUAUUUAUUUUUAUAUUUCUGGGGUCUAGGAUCCAGUUGAUUACUCCUGCCAACAGCUGAGAAACAGGCUGCAUAACUCCAAAUUUAUUUAUCAUGGCUGACUGAGUGCAACCACUAGAACUUCUUGUUUUUGCCUGAUAGCCUCAAAUUUUUACUCUAACGGUCAAACAUCUGCACAGAAACAAAAAGCAAACCUCACUGCGAAAGAAGAAAAUAUUUGUUUGGAUACCUUAAGCAGUCUAAACACAGUCUCCAAGACCACCGGACUCAAUCAAAAUAAUUGAUUUUCAGAACUGUUUUUUGGUAUAGAUCAAAUAUAAUAUCCAUAGAUUAACAGACAGUUUUUCAUCCUGUACAAAAACACAAUUUCUUGCUUUCUUGUUUCACUACUUUUUUUUUGUCUGGUACGAGCAUGAGAGGAAUGUGUGUGUUGGCCUCACCCCUGCAUGAUCUGAGUGUGAAGGUGUGGGCUUCGGUGUUUGAUUUGCAAAAUAAUUAAAAACAAGUCAAAUAGAUUUAUGUGUCAUGAGCCAGAGUUGAACAAAAGGAAAAGGACCCAAAUGCAGACAAAAAAGGAUUUAUUUAAAAAGAUCUAAAUGAAAAGCAACAAAAACUUUUUUUCAAAAUGUCCACGCACGUACGCCAAACGCACGCACGCACGCACACACACACACGCAGUGAACCAACAAGGACAGGGGACCAUAGACACACUGUGAAACGAACAACAGGUGAGGCAAACGAGACACAAGUGAAACUCAUGGGUGAUUAAUGAGGGAGGGACAACUAGGGAAGUAAAACCAGACUUGAAACACAGAGAAACACUGAAAACUGGUCUAAAAAAAUAAAACACUGAGAACAUGAGGAAAACAGGGUCCAACACAAACUAAAAACUCACAAGUCCGGACUACAGGGGAACAGGAACACUAGGGAAAAUACACAAAAUGCACUCAAAUAAAACCAGAAGAAAACUAAAUACAUUGAACAUAUUAUGACAUUAUGCUAACAGGGGUGAUUGUUGUGGGCUUCUCCAGUACAAGCUGGAAAAUACAGGUUUCAGUAAUGUUAUACCUGCACAGUCUGCAUGAUAAAGUGAUAAAGCCAAUGCUUCAUGCAGUUCUUUUCAGUGAAGCAGCAACUGGAAAUGCACUGGAAAGCACAAGCAAAGCAGGAAUAGGAGGCAGUUUCAUUCACUAAGACCCAGUGAUAUUAACACAGGAACUCUUCACAUAACCUGCAGUGCUCACAGCUUGAGAACUGGCAUACAUAGGAGUUUACUAAAGUUUAAGUUAAGACCUUCCUGUUUUUUUAAAUCUCAGUUUCUUAAUAGUUUAAAAUCAAACAGUCUUAACAAAGUAGCUUAACCCACUUUGAAUCAGGCUUUGAAUGAAUAAUGUCAGCAGAAAUUUGUGUUAUCUGGAUACUUGAAGAUUCUUUGUAAUGUUUUAAGUCCUUGAAAUGCAGAGUCAUGUCUAAAUAAGGAAUGGGAAAGUUAUAUAGAUCUCUCUCUUUUGGGACAGCUGGCCUUUGAAUUUAACUGUGACAUUUGUGAGUCAUUGUUCACCUAAUAUACUGAUCUGGAUCUGAUCAAACCCUCAGAUAAUUCAAGUCACACAACAACCCGAACAAACUCAUAAACUGGGAAAACAGUAGACCAGCAGCUGGAGGGUUCUGCAAAGUCAAAUCAGGUUUUUUUGUGUAUAGGGGUGUGAUAGAUUUUUUUUAAAAAAGUGAUAUAACAGCUGUUUCUGUAUUUAAAAGAGUUAUCUUACUCCUAUAAAAAGGUCCAUCUCAGGCAGCUGAAAUGAGAAAAGAUUUGUCUUUGAUAUUUUUUACCAUGCUGUCAAAAUCUUAAGAUGGUUUCUGUAAUUAAUAACUGUGCAGUAAUCUUGUUUUUGCAGCAUAUGUAGAUUUAUGCAAAGUUAGACACAAAAAGCAAUGAAACUUGGGCAUCAGAAGGGAGCCCUUGACUGACCCUCCUCGCAGGAAUUCACCUUAUAGAACUCCCCUCCCUCGUCCUCCUCCUCUUCCUCCUCCUCCUCCUCCUCCUGCAUGCUGUUUUAAACUGCCUGGGGAAUGGGGAAGCGCUCACUUGUGGGAACCUGACUGGGAUUCACUGGGCCAGCUGAAUGCUUUCGGCCAGUUGUCACCAACGGCCCCCAUUGUCACCCCAGCUCCAUUGUCCCCAUUGUCACCCAAAAUCAGGCACACACAAGAGGAAGGCGUUUAAUUGGGUGUACUCUUGAGGGCUUUCAUCCCCCACUGCACAUGACUGAGUACUGAAAUAGCCAGCCUUUGGUAUUUGCCACACAAAGCACUGUACCCACACACAUCCAGGCUUUUUAACGAUAAGCGUGCGGUAAAUAUUUGACAAAUUUGGCACAGGGAGAGUUUGUUGCAGAGUUUUCUGACAGAGCCUGCGGGAAUUCGGUGUGUGAGAAUGUGUGUGUUGUCUUUGCAAAGCCUGUUUUCACAGAGGGUUUGAUGUGGGAAUGGUAUGUAGCAGGAGAUUAGGGGAUCUGUGACAGUGUGUGAAUUUCACUGUCUGAAUGUUGUGUAAACACGUACACGUGUACACAGGCGAGACUUUUCCCCACUGAAAACUUCUCUUUCACGUUACUCUCUCAUUAUUUUUGCAUGUUUGCCAAUUUUUCUGAGCUCUUAAACCCACAGUUUUUUUCUUCAGGGUAUAUAAUGUUCAAAGCCACCAGGGUCAAGAUCCCUUGCUUAAUGCGAAACUGAAAAAUAUUCAGGCACAUUAAAACUGCUGAUGGAUAUACAAUAUUUUUUCUCUUUUUUUAUUCUUUAUUUCGUGAUUUCGACAGCCGACAGCAUCACAGAACAUAGCAAGGCAUGACAGCCUCUUUGUGUUUAUGUGUUGUUACCAUACAGUCUAUGGUUAUUACUCUUAGAUUUUGGUCAUUAUUGUCCCAUUGCAUAAAAUUCUGUGAUAACUUUUUUUCUUUCAAAAUUCUUUUUAUUAAGUUUUCAUUGGAUGCAUUUCAACAGUACAUGUCAGGGAUUCACUUCAACACACAUACAAAAGCAAAUGAAUAAAAAAGACAAAUAAAUCUGUAAAUAUCAAAGUAAAAACAAUGCAAGUUAAAUAAAAUAAAAUAACCAUAUAAAAGAAAUAGAAAAAAAUAAAGAAAAUUAAAUUAAUAAACUAAUAAAAUAACUAAUAAAAUUAGAUUAAAUAAAAAAAAAAGGGGGGGGGGGGGCAAAAAGACACAAAUACAAACAAAAAUUCUGUGAUAAUUAUUCAGAUAAAAAUAUCCAAAUACUACCAUCUUAUCGCUUAUUGCUACUUUCUUUUAAUUGACUUCUUCUUAAAACCUGUUUAUAUUGAAAAAAAAAAAUCACCACAAGUAUUUAAAUAUUCAGUCAGCCUUCACACAUGCCCUUAACUUUUGAAAUUUUCACAUACUUUUCUCAGACAGGUGCAUGUUUGAAUGCAAACAGAGAGAUUUUUUUCCCAGCAUAUCUAAACUUAUAAUUUCUGGUAAAUUUCUGCAGUAAGUCAAGGUGAGCAGUUGGUAAGAAGCAAAAGGAAUCAUUCAGAAAAAAUGAUGGUAGCUACAUCAUGCCUUUGUGCCUGACAGGUGGUGCAUGGUGAGUGAUUCAUACUCUUCUCACAGCAUGUUCUUUUCCAGGCAUACACUGAUUCUGUCUUUAAGUCUUUUCACAUGUAGCACUAAUUUAAAGGCAAAAUUUUCCACCAUAAUGUCAAACUAAAGUGAAGGACAUGCAGCCAAAAGGCUUAGGGGCAGACUUUACUGAAACUUUUGAGUAAUUUUAAAAAUGUGUAGGUUAAAAUGGUCAUGUUCAUCUCUCCUGCAGGCGAACGCCACCUUUGAGGAGCUGGAGCGGCUUAGGAGGAUGGGGAAGGCCUGGGAGGAAGUGGCUCCUCAAAUUUGGUCUUUUUUCCAAGAUGGAGUUCAAGUCAAGAUGAUCCGGGUAGGAUAUUAUUGUAAUGUGUCUAUAUUGAAAUUUGACAAGGAGCCAUUUCAAAUAAGCUCACUCUUUUGUAAAUAUUGUAAGAGACUGUAUUACACACGAACAACACUUAAGUUGAAGUUAGAGCAUAGCAGACUGCAGCAGCUCGUACUGCUAUAUAAAAACUAUACAUGGAAAUGGACUGUAAGCUCUUUGGGACAGGACCCUCUUUUUGGGUUAAUUUAUAAUUAACUAAUUUAUAAACACUGUGUCGGCAUGAGCCCCACACCAACCUUCACCUGUUCCUCUCUUGUUCAGUGAUAUAAAUAAAAUAUUGAAUGAGAAUGAAAGCAUAAAAAAAAACUCUACUCUCAUCUCAUCUGCACUUGUCUGCUGAGGACACUGAGGUCUUUCUGAGUGUGCAAGACUCUGUUACAGUGUCACUUCCUCUCAUCCCUUUCGGGAGGCUGAUGGGAUCUGAGCAGCUCCUUCAGGAGCUGAAUGAGGACACCCUCGUUGCUGUCUCCUCACAGACCAAUCUAACCAAACCUGAGUCCUGAUGGUCCAAAACUCUCCAGGGUGUUUAUUCAAUCCUGAUAACUGCUUAGUUAUCAGAGACUCAAAAGUGUCUGUUGUGCAUUCAGUACAGAGAAGAGCUAUCUGAUCCAGCAGAUUAUCAAUCAAUCAAUCAACUUUAUUUCUAUAGCACAUUUAAAAGAACCACAGGGGUAGCCAAAGUGCUGUACAUUGUGACAUAAAAACAAAUAAAACAAGCAAAGAACGAGAUAGAGCGAGCAAAAAUACAUAAAUGCAAUAAAUAGAUGAAUAUAUAAAUAAGCAGGCUCAAGGCAAGUGCUAAGAUGAAAACAAACAAAAUAACACUAAAAUGUAUUAAAAGCCAAGGAAUAAAAGUGCGUUUAUAAGUCAACCUUUUUGAUGUGAACUACGUAGGGCAUCAUAUCAUAGUAUACUCUGUCCAGUACUGUCAAUAUUUUGUAAAGUUUUAGACAGGAAAGUCAACACUUGGAUUUACGGGCAUGAGUUUUGUGUAUUUAAGCAUAAAAAGCUGAAAUCUACUCUGUAAAUCAUCAUGCUCCUGCACACCUGACCCUUAAAGGAGAGCAGACACACUGAUUGAUUUGAUUCAUGUCACACCUAUAAAUAAAACAGGAAUUCAGUCUGCCCUCUUUUGGACAUUUAUGAAAUAGAAUUACAUUCAUAGUGUUGCUGAGCAGCUGAAGAAACUGCCUGUUUUGAAUGUUGCCACCUGAAAUUUACACCAUAAAUGAAGUCAGUCAGAUGAUAUUUAUAUAUUAAACAUGUUGGGGACAAGAUCAGUGAAGUCUGCACAAGGGGCGCCCCACCUGACACAACUGAACGUUCCAACUGAACGUUCCUUACAGAACUACUGAUUGUGCCAUACACACAAGACCCUGUGCUUAGACCAUUUAGACAGGGCCCUAUAAAUUUACAGGGAUUAUAAUUUACAGUAUGCAUGUUGUAAGUAUAAGUAUAUUGUUAUGUUAAUCUCAUCUUGUCUAUAAAUGCUUUCACUUAAAAAAAGUUGAAUGUUGCAUAUUCCUCUUCCUGCUUUUUUGUUUCAGGACACAAUCCGAAACCCAGCAGUGAUGGAUUUUAUUGACCGUGCCCUGAAAAACACUCCGUUCACCUCUAAACACAUCCUCAACUUUCUACACAACGGCCCACGAGAGGAUAGUCCUCCUGAUCUUCCUGAUUUUGACUGGAGGGACAUCUUCAACCUUACAGACCGGGUCAUUCGGAUGCUGAACCAGUACGGGGACGUGAGUGUAGCUUCGAUCUUUUAUCCCCAUUUUUAAAUUACUGGCCCCUAAGAAGUCUUUGGAUCUGUGAAAUGUUGAUAAGUGUGGAAUUAUACUGACGAGUUAAAGGCGGCUCCACAUUUCCAGGUGAAAAUGAGGUGUCAGAGUAGUUUUUAUCAAGUUUUCUACCUUUUCUCCCUCUGGACAGAAGGAAUGUAGACUGAAAGUACCUCACCUGUAAAGGGUCAAGUUCUUGGGCAGACCUUUUCAUCAUAUAAUUGGAUUUAUCAAUGGCUUUGUCUCUUGUUGAUUUCAAUUUUCCAAAAGAAUCUACCGUGGCUGAUGCAAUGUGAGCUUUAAGAUAAGCUCCCUUCAGUCUCUGCAAUCCCCCCCCCCCUCCAGAGACACGGUGAUCUGUCCAGGUGGGUGAGAGCCAGAGCGACAAACAAGCUGUCGAGCCUCUUUUUGUCUUCCACUGAUGGAGUGGAGGGUAAAAAGAAAACAUCACAAACCUUCUCCUGUGAGGGCUUCACACAUUUGGAAGAGCUGUGCCUUGGAGACAGAGUUAAAAUCAGGCCUUUCUCUGCAGAAGCUAAUCAGGAUGAGAGGCCUGUCACUCUGGGGGGUGACAUGGGGGGCACUUGGGGCACUGCUGGGUGGAUGGUUGGUGCUCUUUGUUUUUGUCUGAGUUGAAGCUUACAGCACUUGAGUGUGACAGAGAGAGAGGGAAGGACUGAGGCCGAUUAGAUACAGCUGUCACUCCACCCUCCGUUCUUUAUGCGACCGAGACAAUGACCGUGGGCUUGAUGGCUGGUUGGCUGCACGUUGGUGGCAUGCAUGAGUAUCCCUCCUCACUGCUGUGUUUGUAGGUGAAUUCUUGGGUGAAUUAAGGAGAGGCGUGUGAGAUCUGAAUAAUUUGUUGGGCAUGUUUAGUAUCUAUUUAAGUUUGCAAAUGCCUAUAUGCGUGUAUUCAGCACCAUAAGCAGGGUGUGUAUGUGUGAUUUAGUUUGUAGAGAUGUCUGAGCAGAGAAACUUGGAGGGUAAAUUGUUUUGGAUUGUUUCCCUUUGGACCGAGGCCCUCUCUGUUUGCAUUAGUCUACAGUGAAAGGCUAUAUCAGACACGCUUUGCAGAGAAGAGACAUCACGAUGCAGAUCACAGUGACUCGAGCCAAUGUUUGUAACUUUGGAAUAUUCAGCUUUUGUUGGAGACUCAAGGUUUGUCUUGUGGUUGUCCACUUUUAUUCACUGAAACUGUCAACAACAGAGUCCUUGUCUUUUGGUGCACACAUUUUUGUGUGUGGAGAGCAGUCAUGAUUUUGGUGAUCCUCUCAUUUUUUCAGAUUGUAUAUAGUGCAAUUAUCCAAGGUGCAGACAGAGAGAGGUGGAUAGAGACAAACAACAAAAACAACAGCCCAUGCAGACAUACAGUUUAAGUCCUAAUUAUGAUGGUAAAAACUGCAAAUGAACCGUUCGCAAAAUCCACAAUUUAAUAACAACAGACUGAUCUUGGUAUAUUUACAGCAGUCAAAAUCAGCAGGUCUCAAAUAGGCAAUUAUAAUUAUAAUAGUGCUACUGCAUGCACAAACUAAUAGACCUACAUGCAAAUCUGCAAGGUGCAGACUGAUAAAGUCGAUCUGAGUCAUCUGGUUGAAUUCCACUUGUUAAUAUGGCUCUUCUCCUCUGGUGCAUUAAUGGUAUCCAGCUCAUUACUCCUGGGCCAUCACUAGGUUGAUCUACUACGUCAUGUACCAGAACAAUGCAAACUCGUUAGAAAGAGGUUGAUGUGUCAGAGAAAAUCAGACAACCUAACAGCUUAGCACCUUUUCUCUUAAGUUCUUUACAUCCCGUCUUCUGCGGUUAAGUUUUUAUUUAUUACUCAGCAUCCUACAGUGCAUUUAUGCAGUAUGCUCAGGCCAGUUUUUGGUCUGAUUGAGACACAGGGGAAAAACUGCAUUUUGAAAGUACUUUAUAAUUCGACUGCGAGGAAUUUGAUUUUGUGUAAUUUCAGUCAAACCAACAUAUUUAUAUCUAUUCUAAAAGCCCAGUUUCAGUCAGACUGAUGCUGCAGGUUGGUUUAUUUGAGCAGUAUGUAAAAGUACAGACUGAUUUAUACAGAAUCCCUCCCAAAUAACUAUGACGGAUGAAUCAAUCUAUGUGUUUAUUUAUCAAACAAAGAAGCCAAGUCUUGAUGGCUCUUAUUCAGCUCACAUGAAGUGAAUUAGGUUGUUCUUGUCCUAAAAACAGGCCAGACACCCAUGAUGUUUCUGUGGCUCGGCUUACACUGGUAUGCUGUACUAACACCUGUCCAUUUCUGUGUCUGUCUCCUUCACGUUUAUCCUCCUCAGUGUCUGAACCUGGAUAAGUUUGUGGCUCUGCCUGAUGAGGACAUUGUCACUUUUCGGGCCUUGGAUCUGCUAAAAGAGUCAAAGUUCUGGGCUGGUCUCAUCUUUGUAAACAUGUACCCCUGGACUGCCAAAGUCCCGCCUCAUGUUAAGUUCAAGAUCCGGAUGGAUAUCGAUGCCGUGGAGCGGACCAAUAAGGUCAAAGACAGGUCAGAGUCAGAGUCAUGUUGUAAAUUCUCUCCUCAGUAUAAUGGGGAUUGGCUGGACACAAAUUAUGUUUAUUUCUCAGGUACUGGGACCCCGGCCCUCGAGCUGAUCCGAUGGACGAUCUUCGUUAUGUUUGGGGCGGUUUUGCUUACCUGCAGGACAUCAUAGAGCAUGGGAUCAUUAAAACCCAGACUGGGAAGGACUGGCCGCUGGGCGUGUACCUGCAGCAGAUGCCCUACCCUUGUUAUGUGGACGAUCUGUGAGCUCAAAUCCAGUUUUAUGUAAAGUUCUAUCAGACUGACUGCUGAGUUUAAUUUAGUUGUUUUCAUUUAAAGGUGCGGACAUGAUUUAUUACUCUGUUCUUUUUUUUCUGUUGUCCUGGAGAUGUGAGCAUGAUGUGCUGUACCGAAAAACAAAUUCCACCAUCUCUGUUGUGUGGCCAUUAAUAAAUGAUUUUGAUUCUGAUUCUGAUUCUAUACUUGAAUCAUCUCCACCAUCUUAUUUGUCCCUCUUCUGCUCUGCCCAGCUUCAUGCUGACCUUGAACCGCUGUUUCCCCAUCUUCAUGGUGCUGGCCUGGGUCUACUCUGUGUCCAUGAUUGUGAAGAGUAUUGUCCUGGAGAAGGAACUCCGUCUGAAGGAGACCAUGAAGGCCAUAGGGGUCACAAACGGUGUCAUCUGGUCCACCUGGUUUAUUGACAGCUUCCUAAUGAUGGGCACCAGCACUGCUCUCCUCACUGCCAUCAUCAUGGUAAAUAAGCACUCACAUAAAGACCGAGGGAUCCUUAAAGAAUCACUUAGUGAGUGUUCAGAGGGCUGUGAUGUUAAAAAAUCACAGCCCUCUGUGAUGAGUAAUCCAGGGUCUUGAGUAAUCCAGACCCAGAAAUAUGAACAAAAACAAAGAUAAUGACUCUCAUUUAUCAAACUCUUAAACUACAGGAUGAUACUAAAGAUGCCUCAUCUCCCUGUGAAAUCUAUGCAGUGUGUAAAUGUGAAGAUAUCGCACUUUUUAUAGUCAAUCAUUGGCAGAUCUUUUUCCUUGAAUAAUGAAUUGAUAAUAGCCUGUUCUGAUUGUGUUCUGAUCAAUGAUUAAUGAGUGAACUGUGAACACAUGACAUCAUGGGAAUUAUGUCAACAGCUCUGCAGUAAUGAGCUGUCAAUCAUUAACUGCACCAGUAAGGUCACAAGUCGUCACUGGUGUUCAGAGGCUCAUGAGGUGUUACAGGUGGACUCAUAUGCCCUCUAGUGGACAAAUAGUGUAAAGCAACAUUUUUAACUAAGAUGUCAGAAACAUGUUCAAAAGUUUUCUGCUCUAGUUUAGUAAAAAAUAGCUCUUGUGUCACUUAAUAUAAACAGUUGACUAAAAACUACCAAGAAAAUCUGUUAAGCAUCCUGGAGUAUUUCUUUUUGUUAAAAAAAGACUUUGAAAUCAGUUUGAAUUAAGUAAUAAUUAAAAAACAUGAAGACUGUAGAUAUAAACAGUGUUUCUCUGUUUCUGUCCUGUAGGGAGGGAGAGUCCUGAACUACAGCAACCCUGUCAUCCUCUUCCUCUUUCUGCUGACCUUCACUACAGCUACCAUCAUGCAAUGCUUCCUCCUCAGUGUCUUCUUCAACCACGCCAACCUGGCAGCCGCCUGCUGCGGCAUUGUUUUCUUCACCCUCUAUCUGCCGCACAUCUUCUGCUUCGCCUGGCAGGAGCACAUCACCAAAGACAUGAAGAUCCUGGUGGUGGGUGAUACACCUCUCAGUCAGCCUGAACCACAUCUAAACCGGCCAAAGAACAUUCAGUAACAACCAGACUGACAUAAAAGCUGAAUAUUUGUGGUCUGCUUCACUACAUCUUGUUGUUGAGUCUUGUAGAUACAUUUUAAAUACCUCUGAUCCCUUUUAAUGCCCCUCUGGCUCAGCAUCUCUCAAUUAUUUCCAGCUCUUCUCCCUUUAUGACCAAACCAGUCUGCGAGACAUAACCCAUUGGUUUCUUAAGAGUUGUUAUGAAGCCAAAUAAUCGAGGUCACCAUAUUGAAAAUGCUAACUCAAAUCCAACUUCGGAUGCAUAUUAAUGUUCAAAUUUAGCCUCUAUAUCGUCUCAUCUGAUGAAUUACAAAAAACAUUAGCCCCAGUACAGUGUGUACAAAUCAAUAUAAAUUAAUGAGUUGUAUUUGCUAAACUGUUUGCUGUACAAGGUUGUAUACAUGUUUUAUUCUGCAGCAUAUUAACUUGUGUUUUCUUGGCUUUUGCAACCAGCUUCAAGUUGACCCUCAAGGAACUGCAGCUUUUUGCACUUCUGUGUAUUUAGCAGUAGAAACUCCAUAAACAAAGGAUGACUAUAAUCAGAUAGGACUGACCUGGUAUAGUCUAAAGUCUUGUUUUUUAAGGUCACUAAGGGUCUAAUUUGCUGUUUUAUCUGAACACUUUGAUUUUAACUUACGGCAUGUAAAGCUCUGGGUGAUUCAUUGCAAUAUACCAGAGAUUAUGUGAGUUAGAAAAUAGAUUAAUAAAUUCUCUCCUUUUCCCUCCAGAGUCUACUGUCUCAGGUGGCUUUUGGUUUUGGGACCGAGUACCUGUCUAGGUAUGAGGAGCAGGGUCUGGGUCUGCAGUGGGACAACAUCCAGACGAGUCCUCUGGAAGGGGACGAGUUUUCCUUCCUUACGUCUAUCUGUAUGAUGGGACUGGACACUGUGCUGUACGCGGCACUGGCCUGGUACCUAGACAAUGUCUUCCCUGGUCAGUGCUCCAGAGAGAAAAUAUGAGCGUUGAUUAGAUAAGUUUAAUUUCCUGAAAACUUUACUGUAGUUUAUGUAAUAAAUGUGCAUCUUUUUUCAUCUCAGGGCAGUAUGGAAUCAGUCGGCCUUUUUACUUCCCAUUCCUUCCCUGUUAUUGGCUCAACAGUGUGGCUCCAGGUAAAGGUAACCGUUGUUUACUUUGGCAGAUAAUGCACAAAAGAAAAGAUACAUACAGAUGUUUAUGUGCAAUUAUUUCCAAAAUCAAGAUAAAACAUCACCCCUCAGUCGGUCUCAAAUUGUUACUCUUUUCCUCAGAUAAAAAAUGCUGUGAUAACCUGGCAAACAGAGAUCAAGCACAACAGCUGAAAACGGAAGGUAAGGAAAUCCAAGAACAGGAGAAAGACAAAGAGAAAAACCGAGGUGAGAACACAGACCGGGAGAGUAAAGACGACGACAAUCUGGAGGUAAAAAAGCAGAACCAAGAGAGAGAUCUGGACCAGGAGAGAGAUCAAGACGAGAAGCAAGAUCAAGAUAAAACACAGGAGAAGGAGGAAGGGCUGGAGAGACCCAGGGUCCUGGAGGGGACCCCCUCAGUGUGUGAUCACCACGAUCAGCGUGAGAGUAUGCAAAAGGGGAACCAGGUCAAGGAGGACCAGGACCAAGAUGGUACCAGUUGACCUUUUUCCUUCUCCUUUCCUUUAAAGUUUCACAAAUGUGGUUUUGAUCAAAUCUAAAACAGUGUUUGUGACCCCCUGAGAAAACAGCCCAUCAGACAGCUGUUUUUGAUGGUCUUUAGACUUAUUUCUGAUGUCUGGAGGACAAGUUAGAGCUUAAUUCCACUGACAUCAUGUCAGAAAUGUUGAAGUCAUAGUUAUUCAAGCAAACAUUUGAUCUCUGCCCAGCUUCUCCGUUUGCUCUCACUUUCUCUCAGUGUAUGUGAACUCAGAGACCUUGUGUGUGUAUGUGUGUGUGUGUUUGUUUGCUCUUUGACACAUGUGUGAAACACACUGUGAGCUUCAGUUUCACACUGAGUUAAUAAGUGAUGAAAAGUGUUUUCUUCACACCCCAUGACAUUCCUAUCCUCUGAUACCAUACAUCUCUGACCCUUCAACAUUUGUAUGAAAGCGUUAAAACAAGUUUUUGGCACUUCUUAGAUUAACAGACAAAUGUCACAUGUUCAUAGGAAUAAAAAACAAAUCGAUUUAUUUUCUUUUGGGUUAAUUUGUCAAAUAAUUAAAGGGCUAACAGUAAAGGCACUACAAGAAAACUGUAAUUUAUUCAAUGAGCAAGAAAGAUUAUAAGAUAAUUUAAGAGAGUGAAGAAUUUAAGGUUGUACAGUAUUUACAUUUAACUGCCAAACUAAACUAGACCAUACGAGACUAGAUUCAACCAAACCAGAGAGUUCUAUAUCAAGGUGCACAACCCAAAACUAAGUUUGACUAAACAGAUUCAAACCAAACUCUUCUUAACCAAGUCAAGCUAAACUAUACCAAAUAAAACAAAUAAAACAUUGUUCAGUCAACAUCAGUUGACUAAACAAUGCUAUACUGGGCUAUACUCAGCUUUGACUAAACUUGACUGAACUAAAACAAAUUACCUAACCAAGCUUGACUUAAUUAAACCAAGCGCUUCAGACAGAGGCUGAAAUGAUGAUAGUUUGAUAACCAGAGGGAGUAAUUUGAGGCUUUUUUAAAUCUGAAAACCAUGUAAGGAGGUAUCAGAGAGGAAGUAUAGAGGCUGAAAGCUUCAUACCCCUCUUUAAUUGAACUUCCGUUGGCUUUGCUGAAAGUAACUCGAUUAGCCCAUACUUAUCCUGGCUAUAUUUAAUCUUACUUAAAAUAAACUAGAUUAAACUAGACUAGACUUCACUGAACUAAAACACUAAAUUAAACUACAUGCCUCCAAUGGACUAGACUUAAAUGACCUUAACCUUGCUGACUAAGCUUUAAAAAAACUUUAGCCUACAAAGUAUUUCAAGAACUUUUUUUUUAUACAAAGACUGUUCAAGUAAGAAAAACUCCCAUGCUGGAUUUCUCAUCUCAUUUUGUUAGAAUCUGAAAGUAAAAAAAGAGGAUUUAUUCAUGCAAGGGAAGUUGCAACACGCUUACCUCCCUUUUUUAACUAUCAGUAAAAAACUUGUGACUUCAUGGUGAUACAAUGCAUAUAAAGUCUUAAUAGCGCUUUAUCAUACCAAAGCUUAAAAUUCUCUGUUUCAUGGGUAACAAAAAUAGCUCUGCAUUUACUCUGACUUUCUUGUAUUUCUGGACUUGAGCCUGAACUUGUAACAACUGUAACAUGUUCCUUUGGGUGAAAUAUGCCUGAAAAAGCUGUUCGUUUUUUGACCUUUUUGUUGUAAUGAAGAUUCAGAAACAGCUACAUCCACCCUUAAGGCUAUGAUUGGAGCUGAGACUUGUUUGUAGGGUUUCUCUCAAAUAACAUGUAUAUUUUCUCUUUGGUGUUUGCAGGCCAGCAGUUCUUCGAAGCAGAGCCUGUUGAUCUGAUUAAAGGUGUUUGUAUCCAGAACCUGGUCAAAGUGUUCAGUGGCAGCUCCACACCUGCUGUGGACGGCCUCAGCCUCAGUUUUUAUGAGAGUCAGAUUACAGCUUUUCUGGGUCACAAUGGAGCUGGGAAGACCACCACCAUGUAUGUACACAGAUUGUUGACAUUUAAGAACAGAAAAUCAUUAAAAUUUAAACAUGUAAAAUUCAUCUCCAUGAUGUAGAAAACCUCUGUAUCUCUUCUCCUCAGGUCCAUCCUUACAGGUAUGUUCCCUCCCACCUCUGGAACAGCCAUCCUCUACGGGAAUGACAUCCGCACAGACAUGGACAUCAUCCGUCUGUCUCUGGGGAUGUGUCCUCAACAUAACAUCCUCUUCCACCAGUAUGCAUCCCUCCACACGCUCAGAAGUUGGUGUAAACAAUGAUAUCAAUCUGUGUGGGUCAUUCAGUGUGCACAUUUUUCUCUUUUUCAAAUCCAGCAUGACAGUAGCAGAGCACAUCCUCUUCUACUCACUGCUAAAAGGCCGUCCGUUAGCAGAAGCCCAGGAGGAGAUGGAGAACAUGCUGCAGGACCUGGGUCUGCCUCACAAGAGGGACGAGCUGACCCAGAACCUCUCAGGUCUGUGAGGGUGAAUCCCUAUCCAAACAGAUCUGCAGCACAGUCAUGCUGGUUUUUUUUGUGUGUUGCACAGUUGUUUGAAAUGCUCUGAUUUGUGUACUUGAUGAUAUUUUAUUCCAGGAGGCAUGCAGAGGAAGCUGUCCGUAGCUUUGGCGUUUGUUGGAGGGGCUAAGGUGGUAAUCUUAGAUGAGCCGACCUCAGGUGUGGAUCCCUACUCCAGACGCUCCAUCUGGGACCUGCUGCUCAAAUACCGUGCAGGUAUGCUGACCUCUGGUGGCUAAAGGAGGGAACUGUGAAGACUGAAUUUGUUAGUUUAUCAUUUAGAAUAUAAUAAAUACCUUCCACCUAAAAGUUUCUAUUGAACAAAUUACUUUCUGGACCAAGAUAAUUUUGUUCUCAAAGGCAUUAAAUAGCAUGGAAAUUCAUAUAUUAUAGUCAGCUAUAUUAUAAUGACAGCUUAGAGAGUGGUGAAAUGUGAAGUUAGAAAUAUUCCACUCACACUGCACCAUCCUGGGUCUCUCUGGGCACUGUGUGUGUGUGCUCUAACAAUAAAUAAAUAAAUAAAUAAAAUUAAAAAAUAAGGCCACUUAAUGAUUAAAGGUAAAGAAAUCAGCAUUUGACUGUAUCAGGGGCUAUCAAUAAGAAUGUGUAGGUAUUCAGAAAGCUACUGUGCCUCUGUUUUGGCUGUGUGUUUUAUGUGAUGUAAGGUGUCUUGAGAGAUGGACAGCAGAGAGAAUGAUUGAGGGAGAUAGAGAGAGAGAGGUGGGCAGGAGAGAGACUGAUGCCUGUAGUUGAAUCAGGUCCAAAACGGCAGUAAGGCUGCUGCAGUGAUCCAGCAGAACCAAAGCUCAGGGACUCUUUAAGUACAAGAUCAUAGACUGUAUAUAGAAUGGACGCCGUCUGCCUCCUUGCUGAGUGAAGCCACUCCGAGAACAGCACCCUCUGGUGUCGGGCUGCAGUAUUGGUCAUAAAUCCCGCCUCCUCCAGCAAUCCCUAUGGAGCUGUAGACAAACUUUCAAAAUGUAUUACACCGAACGUAAUUUUUUCCCCCGGUUGUGAUGUUGACAUGUAGUUAGUGUAAGACUGGUUUGUGCUCAAGUCCUCUUUUUGUCUGUCCAUUUUUGAAAGUUAUUAGGGGGUUCAUGUUUUCUAUGAUUGACACUUGAUACAGCCUAUGGGUGUACAAAGAUUGUGUAGCUCACCCAGGGAAUAUGCUUUGAGUCAAGCGUCAUCAGCGUCAUUUGACAGAAAAUAUAAUGAUAGAAGGUGGAACCAAGUUGUCCAUAGUAUAUACAGUCUAUGGUACAGAUGCUUCCAAUUUAACACAAGUCCUUUAUUCUUGUGCUUAAUAACUGUGUUUCCACAACCAAGCCAGAUGUGUUAGUAAAAAAAAAAAAAACAUAGACAGGCUUUUUCCUGCAUUUAUCCCCCUGGUACAAAUUAUUACCACACUAUCAAUCCUUUCGUCAUCUCUCUGCAAUUAAAAAAUUUCAGGGUCAGAGCCCCUGAAAUUUUCCAGAGUGCAUGUCUGAAAAGGAUUUCUGUCCCAUUUUGCAGGACGCACAGUGAUCAUGUCCACUCACCACAUGGAUGAGGCUGACCUGCUGAGUGAUCGGGUGGCCAUCAUCUCUCAGGGUCGUCUUUACUGCUGUGGCUCACCCAUCUUCCUCAAAAACUGUUUUGGAGCUGGUUUUUACCUGACACUCGUCAGACGGAUGAAACAUGAAGCUCCAAAGGUGAGAAACAUGAAACAUUCAAACAGUUUCAGUGAUAUGACAAGGUUUCAUUCUUGUUCAUCAAAAUUAAAUAAUAAUCUAUCUGACUUGUGAAGGAAAUAAUGGGAGUGCACCCUAAUUUCUUAGUUAAAGACGUGAAUUGAGAUUGGUACAUGACUGACUAAAUUCAUGCAGGAGAUGUUGCAAAAAAAAGAAUCACUUCUGUUUUCGGUUCUCACCCCAUCCUGCAGGUCAGCUGUGACUGCUCAAAAGUUUGUUCCUGUAAAUGUUCAAGAUGUUCAAAGUUUAAAGCCAACCAGGAGAAGAAGGUGGACAGACAGCUGGAUGGUAAGACUGGGUUGCAGACUGCUGUCUCACUCUACUUGCUGCACAAGACUGGUAGUGGGAUUUUGAAUAAACAAAAGUGUUCAAUUUAGACUGAUGUUUAGAAAACCCUGAAUCCUCCUUGGCCUUUCAAAUCCAGGUAAUGUAGAAUCCAUCACGGCCCUCAUCCAUCACCACGUGCCGCAAGCUCGUCUUAUCGAGGCUAUCGGCCAGGAGCUGACUUACCUGCUGCCCAACAGGAACUUCCAGCCCCGAGCGUACGCCAGCCUGUACAGGGAGUUGGAGGAAACUCUGGUGGACAUCGGCCUCAGCAGCUUUGGUGUGUCCGACACAUCUCUGGAGGAGGUGUGUGGAAAUAAUCAUGCAGAAAUGAUUGAAGCUGAAUCAAACAAAGGUCAAAAAAGUGAUUCAUAUUCUCAAAUUCAAAUCAUAGUCCAGGAAAUGGAAACAACAAGACAAUACAUCAAACAAUCUGAAUGGGACAAUCUCUAAUUUCUGGAGUAUAAGUGAUAUUUUCCUUUCUAGCUCUGAUCAGCAGUUUAAUAACAGGUACAAAGAAAGUAAUGAGAGUUUUAUUGAAGCAAUCUGUCACACAGUCUCUGCCUGACGUUCACCUUCACAGUCAUUAGGUUGUGUUUUAUGAGGCUUUCUAAUCAAGAGCAGCUGUUCGUCUUUGCUCCCCUUAGUGAAAUAAAAUCAAUAUUCCUUGUAGAUCUUCCUAAAGGUCACUGCUGAUGGGAAUGCAACCAACAGGAAAUGUGUACAAGGUAAACACCAAACAUAAACUCUUCACUCAUUUUUCUCAUCUUGUCAGAAUGUGUAAUUCCUGUUGCUCUCUGGUUUAUAUUUCAGUGUUUUACAUCUCACUUUUAGCUCUCUUGGGUAAAAAUGCAAAUGUAUAGCAGCAAAUCUCUCAAAUUUCACACAGCUGAUUUAAUGUUAUUGUUGAAACUAAAUAAUAGGUUGACAGCUUACAAAUCCAGAUAAAUGCUGCUGCGCCUGUGGGAGAAACACAAAGUGUAAUACAGAUGUGAGAGCUUACAGUGACUCACAGUGUUAAAUGAAACUUUUAGUGUAUUUCAUCAGGACAGUGCACAUUGAAUCAUCAUUGAGAACCUCAAAGUUAGGUGCAGAUUAAAAAAAAAUACUUUUUUUGAAUUGUAUGCUGAAGGUUGUGGAAUUAAAACCCCUAUCUGUGACUGUUCUGUAACCAUGUAAGCUUUCAAAUAUAUGAGAUGCAACUUGAAAACUAUUCUAUAUUUGCUCAGAGUAAUCACACUGUCAGAAUCUCAUACCCACAUUCUUUAGCAUCUACUCAGUCAAUCUGGACCUGAGCUCUUUCUUACAGAGACAGACGGGGUUUUGCAGACCAAUGGCCAGGGUCCGUGUAACGUCCCAGGAGGUACUGAUGGAAGGGGGUCGUACCAGGUCAGAGGUCUAGGUCUGACAAUCAAACAGUUCCUGGCUCUGCUGAUAAAGAGGAUGCAUCACGCGACCCGCUCCUACAAAGACUUCUUCGCUCAGGUAAAGAUACUUUGGUCACUUAGAAAAAAACAAAACAUUUUGGAAAACAACCCAACAAACUUUAACAACAAUAUAAAUCACAAUACAUGAAGCACUGAGAAAACACAACAAUAUUUUAGAGGUGACAUUACUUCACACAGCAAAAUAUCUCACAUGAUCGACAUUUCAUGGUACAACACAUUUCAGAAGAGGCAACAAGCCUUAAAACACAAAGUUUCACAAACCAAUCUGAUGUUUGAGGGAAUAUCAUAACUCAGGAAAGAUCAAAAUGAAAGAAAGACAAAUACGGUCUCAAUUAAAAUCCCACUCUGAUCGUUUCUUUUUUACUACUUAAAGUGUUCUCAGUGGUCUUUAAAUUGUGAUUAUGAAGUUUUUAGUCAAAAUCACGUUACCUGUGUCAUUUUCAAGGGCUCUUCUUCUGCAGAGCUCCAGUAGCUCAUUGGCAAUUCAACUCUGAUUCGUGAGCAGAGACAGCGCUGCUCUUCUCACUCCUCUUCAUGCUAGCUUGUAGCCUAAUAGUGACAGUGUAGUAGAAAUGGCAGGUAACUAGGAGCUAUGCAGCUCUCGGACACUAAUGUCUUUGGGGACAUGAUGAAAGUUAAAAACAUAAUUUGCUUUCUUACAAGCGUUGCAAUCCGCUAACACACGCUUGUUCCGUGACAGUCCUCUCUACUUCUCCGAGUCUGGCCUGCAUAGCAGGGCUCGGGUUACAAAUGUUAGGUGUUAGCCUGUCCUUCAGAUUUAGAAAAAAGGCAGUUUAUUUUACCAAACCCUUCCACCUCCAGGAUUCUCAUCUUGUUGCUAAAUCUUCUGUCUUCAGUCUUCUUCUUUCUUUCGGUAGAUUGUCCUCCCGGCCAGUUUUGUUUUACUGGCACUCACGUUCACUUUAAUUGUCCCACCUUUUGGAGAGUAUCCGAGCCUGACUCUCAGUCCGUGGAUGUAUGGGCGACAGUACACCUUCUUCAGGUGGGCAUACACUAGAUCACCUGGCACUAUUUAGCUUUGAUGUUGUCUGUAGCAAAAGUGGGAUUUUAAUGUCUGUCUGUCUGUUGCAGUAACGAGCGUCCUUUGGAUGCUCAGAUGAGAUAUUUCGGUGAAGUCUUGCUGGACAAACCUGGCUUUGGGACCCGCUGUAUGGCAGAGGAACCACUGGAGUGAGUCACCUGUCUCAUAUUUACAUCUUUAGUUCAGACCUUUCUUUGUGAAAUAGUUUAAACAUGGUUUAAUUUUUUAAUGGCAGAGAUUUCCCCUGUAACAACAUCACCACAGAGUGGGAGAUGGGGCUGGUUAACCCUGUCCUGAUCGAAAUGCUGGCUGGUCCACAGUGGAACCCCCUCAAACCAUCUCCGGACUGUCAAUGCAGCACAGCCAAGAAACUCACCAUGCUCCCUGUGUGCUCUGAGGGGGCUGGAGGUCUGCCGCCUCCUCAGGUAGAUCAGUUAUACUGAAGAUGAUCCCCCUCAGCACGCUCUCUUACUUGUUAUCACUGACUGCACUUUUAUUGAUAUUUAAUUUUAGUACAAUCAUUUUUGAAUGUUGUAACCUUGCCACUGCUAUGACAAGCCAACACCUGAAGAUGCACAGAUAUUUGCUCUGUCCUCCAUUAAAAAAUAACCUCUAAUUUGAUCUAAUCAGCUGCAAACACCUGUUUGGUAUCUACACUUACAUGCCCUGAAUAAAAAGGGUGAUAUUUUUAAGGGUUACAGAAAGGCAUAGUAAGAUGUCAUCAGUGUAGAAACUUUAAUGAUGAGUGUCUCAGAUUCAAUGAAAACUUUGUAUUAUUUCAUUCACCAGAGGAUCCAGUCAACAGGAGAUGUACUCAUGGAUCUAACAGGCAGAAACAUAUCUGACUACUUGGUGAAGACCUAUCCCAGCCUCAUCAGAACCAGGUAUAAGACUCAUUCUUGCAUGUUUUAGAGAUAAAGAGUGAAAACUAACAAAGAUAUUUGAAAGUUGUUUGUGUGUUUGAUUGGCUUCCUUUUAAUUUCCAGUUUGAAGAGUAAAUAUUGGGUGAACGAACAAAGGUAAGGUCAAGUUUUUUCUUUAAGCUUUUUUUAGUGACUUCACAGUAAGGUCCACAUUAUAUGCCAUAAGACAUAGACAUCAACCGCAGAACUGUGGUGAUGUGCAGCAAAGCAUUACGGCUGAGAAUCAAACCUUUGACUGCAAGGAUGAGGACUACAGCCUCUGUAGACAGGGUGUGCUCUUUAACCAUAAGCGCUCCAGAGGUGGGAUCAUUUUCUCAGGCAGUUCAACCAGUUGGGUCGCCUCCUGCUGGGUAUCAGAAGGAAGUGAAGGAGGUCCAGAGUCUCAGGGUCUUGUCCAUGAAAUGAAUCAUGAGAUUGUCAAGUGUCUUGGUGCUGUGUCAGCAGUAAUUUGGGCAUAACACUGAACUGUUGGGGCAAAGAGGGAUUUGAGGGUAAACUUAUGAUCGAAUAGUCCAUCUAUAUUCUGGCCCUCACAGAUACAGGCAGCAGAAAUGGCUGGAGGGUGGCUGGGCUCAGCCUCAGAGGUGGGGUCUUGAAUAUAGAGUGGGAGCUCAGGGUGGAGGUGCCUCAGUGCUUUCAUGCACAGUUUUUUUUCUAUAUCACUUGGGUGUAGAUGGUGGUGUGGUUCUCCCUUCAAUCAAUCAAUCAUUCAAUCAAACUUUAUUUAUAUAGCACCUUUCAUGCUUUUAAGCUGCAACACAAAGUGCUUUACAAAAAGGUAAAAACAAACAACGUUAAAAAAAACAAAAAACAAAAAAAAAACAACAAACAACAGUAAAUAUAGGGCACUUAAAUAGGCAUAAAACCCGUCCCUUCCCACCCACAGCAGCACAUACAGGCAUGCACAGCAGCCCACCCCACACACACAUACAGAGUUUGUGCUGGUGAAGUUUCUUUUCUUCAUUUUAUAACUGGACUUAAACGAAGUAGAUGUCAGCAGAGGUUUCUCUGUGGUGUCCAGGUAUGGAGGUAUAUCAGUGGGAGGACAACUUCCCGUUUUAAACCUGCAGCCAAAGACCAUCCAGGAUGUGGCAGCCCAGCUGGGUCGACUGCUCAACAUUACUGGGGUAUUUCUUUAAAAAACCUCAUCAGAACUUUGAUCAUACUUAUAUGUUUUUUUUAUUGCCCUUUUUUGUUUGUGGUUUCCUUUCACUUCACAUGUCUCACAUAUUUGUAUUUGUUCCAGGGCACAUACUCCAACCAAACUCUUAGAGACAUAGGGCUAUUCCUCAGGUACAUGGAGACUCAAAACAAUGUCAAGGUGAGUGAGAGUAUCACAACCUAAUAAAUGCUUUGAGUCAUAUUGCAAUAAAAACCUACAUAUGUCAUCCAUUGUACUUUGCCAGGUGUGGUACAACAAUAAAGGCUGGCAUGCCAUGGUGUCAUUCAUGAAUGUCGCCAACAACGCCAUCCUGCGCGCUAACCUGCCCAAAGACGCUAACCUGAAUGAAUAUGGAAUUACCGCCAUCAACCAUCCUCUGAAUCUCACCAAAGAACAGCUGUCUGAGAUCACUGUGUAAGCGACCAAAAAAUUAACCCCUUAUUGAAGAAAAUUCCUUUUUUUUUGGAGUGACAAAACGAAUCAAAAAGACCCAAAAGAUAAAUGAAAAGAGUUUAAAAGAAACACAAGCAGGGUGUGAAUUCCAUAGUUUGAAUUUGUCCAAAAAUGUAAAAUCUGUAAAUGCAGUAUCAGAAUUUUGGUAAAGAGGUCCUGGUUUCUGAAUUGACCUAUCAGGGGCCAGCAGGCUUUGGUGUAUGCAGAAAAAACUGCUUGUAUGGAGAGCAAAAGCAGAUGAAACACAAUUCAUCAUAAUUAUAUCCCAGCUACCCUCAGUGGAAAUCGGAUGAUGAUUUAUGUCUUUAUUAGAAAAGAAAUCUGCACACAAAACCAGCCAAGAAUCUGCUCUGAGUAAAACUAAUCUGCAUUAUGAGGCCAUUUUAUUAAACUUAAAGCUUCUGUCAGGAACUUUAUGUCUGUAACGGUUUUGGCGCCCCCUGUGGACAGAGAAAACCCUUCUCUGUUCCAGUUUGGUCAUGCGUAUUUGAGAGUACUGUUUCCCCACAGAAGUGUCAGCCAUUAAAAUGACUUCAUUAUAUUUGACAUUCAUCUCAGUAAUUGUUUGCCUCUGGAGGACAUAAAGCAGGAUCAUGGUUUCUGUCUGUUUCAUAACCAGUCAAAAACUCUUCACAGCACAUACAAACCAAAAGAAGUUUGUUUCUUUAUUAGGUUCACACUGCUGAAGUGAGCCAGAGUGAUGCCUCUGUGAAACCUACUAUUCAGAGGGACCCUGAGACUCAGAUGGAGCUCUUCAGGGGGAAAUUUAAACCAAGAUUGGCAGUUUGUAAAAUCCAAGAGGAGAGAUUUCCCUUUUAUUUUGAAUGCAGAGUUGCUUGUGAAGUUGCUCACUGGACUGUAAACAAUGCAGCAGGCCAAAUAAGAAGUCUCUGCUGGAAGUCAAUCAAAGCUUACCUCAGGUCAACAUUUCCAGGGUCAUGCAUUUUUGUUGUGAAGAGGUAGAUGUCAGUCCUUUUCAGAUCUGUUGACACUUUCUCUUGAUUGUAUUGAUUAUAUUUUUCCUCUGCCGUUUCGCAGCCUCACCACCUCAGUGGAUGCCGUGGUGGCCAUCUGCGUAAUCUUUGCCAUGUCCUUCAUCCCAGCCAGCUUUGUCCUCUAUUUAAUCCAGGAACGGGUCACCCAAGCCAAACACCUGCAGUUUGUCAGUGGAGUCAGUCCACUGGUCUACUGGAUGGCCAAUUUCUUCUGGGACAUGGUGAGGCAGUCCUGAUAACAUCUGAGAUGUUUAUUCAGACCAACUGGUUAUUGUCAAUCAUAUCACAGGGUGUUUCCUGGUUCUGUUUAAACUAAGACCAAGGUCUGAACAUCAACAUGUGAAGAGGCUCUCUAAUAGUUUCUCAUGCACACAGCUCUGUAGAUUCUGAUGUCUGCCAUGAUUGUUCUGUCUGCAGCUGAAUUACUCCCUAAGUGCAGCCAUGGUGGUGGAAAUUUUCAUCUUUUUUGAUAAGAAGUGCUACACAUCACAACACAACCUCCAACCUCUUAUUGCCCUGCUGAUGCUUUAUGGGUGGGUUUUGUGUCCUUUGAGUUUGUGCUGGUUAUCACUAUUUAGUUUUGUCUCGUCUUGUCCUUAAGAAAUCCAUUGCUACCAUUUAGAGAAGGUUAAUUUUGCUUGGUAUUAAACCAUGACAGUCAUCAUGCUGGUCUUUCUGCUCUCCCUCAGCUGGUCUGUGACUCCCAUGAUGUACCCCAUGUCGUUCAUAUUCAGCGUCCCCAGCACAGCCUAUGUCUCUCUGUCCUGUAUCAACCUCUUCAUCGGUAUCAACAGCAGUGCCAUUACCUUCAUCCUGGACUUGUUUGAGAGCACCACAGUGAGACUGCAGAGCUUCUUUCUAUAAAUUUAAACCUUCCUCUUGUGUAUCUCUCAUCAUCUUUAAUUAUUAAUGUUGUCUCUUUCCCCUGCAGACCCUAUACAAGUUCAACCAGCUGUUAAAAACUGUGCUGCUGGUCUUCCCUCAUUACUGCCUGGGCCGAGGUCUCAUCGACAUGGCUAUGAACCAGGCUAUGACUGAUGUCUAUGCUCGCUUUGGUAAUCAAAAAACAUUAACAAAUGAGUUACAUGCCUCACAGUCAACAUACUUCAACUUUCAGCCACCAGCUAAAUACCUGUACAGGCCUCGCUUAAACUAUUGCCUGGUUUCCACCAGUCGGUCAGGGCUGUAAAGUCCUAAUCGACUGGUCGACUUUUGGUCGAUUUUUUUGUCAAUUUACAGUUAAUGGUUAAUUUCAUCAGGAGGAACGUACCAAGUGCUGAGCUGCAUCAUCCCCCACUGCAGAAGUGUUUGCAAUCAGAGUCCCCCCCCCCCCCCACCCCCACCCCCAACCCCCAUUAGGCAAUUUUUGGUAAAAAAUUUCAGGGUUUUAGUCCACCAAGAAUUCUUUUCUUUGGUUUACUGCCCUACAGUUGGUACAUGGUGCCUAGAAAUCCAUAAAUAAACAAAUGAUACUUGUAGUGCCCAACAUCUCAAUGGGGGAAGAGAAGCUAUCUUCCAAAGCUGCUAGUUUUAGCUAAUAUUUCACGAAUCUGACCAGGAUGUCAAAUUGAUGAGGAUAAUUUGAAUGUAUGUAUAUAACCAUAUUUCAACAGACUGGUCAAAUUCACAAAGCCUUAUUUUUUAAAUCAUACAAAGUCACUCAAAAAAAAAAAACAACCCAACAUCUUAGCUGGAAAAAUAGUGGAGCUUAAUCUGAGCCCUAGUCUGAGCUGUGAUCCCUCCUCUCAGGUGAGGACUACAACCCUGACCCGUAUGACUGGGACUUCAUAGGAAAGAACCUUUUCUGCAUGACUGUUGAGGGAUUCAUUUACUUCAUCCUGAACCUCCUCCUCCAGUAUCGGUUCUUCCUGGACCACUGGUGAGUGGGAAUGCCGGGAUCUAGCAAGUACAUGGGGUGUUUUUGAAGACAUUUUCUGUGGUGGUAAUGAAAAUAAAAGCAUCCUGUAACUUUUUCCCCUCUAUGAACAUUAUCUAAAGCAUGUAAGUAGCAGGGUGGUGUUUAAGUAUUUUAUCCUCCAUUGGCAGGAUCUCAGAGCGCCCACAGCCUUUAAUUUUAAAUGAAGAUUUAGAUGUGGCUCAGGAGAGGGAGCGGAUCUACAAGAGUGAAAAAUCUAAUGAUAUUUUACGAAUACGUGACCUGACUAAGGUGAGACACUUCUCUUCUUAAAGAUGAUCAGUGCUAAAGAAUUCAAACCGUAGAAAGGUGCUAAUGUUUGUCAAACUGGAAGAGUAUAUUCCAAUUUGUCCUUGACUUUCCAGAUAUAUCCGGGAACCAUCAUUCCUGCAGUGGACCGGAUCUGCUUUGGAGUCUCAGCUGGAGAGGUUUGUGUCGUUUAAUGGGUUCACAGAAGAAACAAUUGGGUUGAUUUCUUGUUUUUCUAUCAUGAUGUCUGUCCUGGUUUCUCUGCAGUGCUUUGGUCUGCUGGGAGUGAAUGGAGCAGGAAAAACCACCACAUUUAAGAUGUUGACUGGAGACAUCGAUGUCACUUCAGGAGAGGCCUCAGUGGUUGGUCACAGGUUUGUAAUGUGUUCUUUUUUUCCCCAAGUUCCCAAAGUGCAAGUAAAACUUUUAAUCUUGUUUUCUGUAUUUAUGAAUCAUGAUGACUGUAACUCCCAGCACUCUCCCUUAUUACUUUGCUUUUAGAUGUUGUUUUAUUUGAAUUUUAGGACAAUAAGAUAAUUCAAAUUCAUUUAUUUCUACUUUUGUUACUCAUUUUUAUUCCCUUCUCAGCAUUUUGACGAGCAUCCUGGACGUCCACCAGAACAUGGGCUAUUGUCCCCAGUUUGACGCUAUAGAUGAGCUGCUUACCGGCCGAGAACAUCUGCACCUUUAUGCACGACUUCGAGGAGUCCCCGAGCACGAGAUCACCAGGGUGAGGUUUAAGUUUUGCAAAGAAAUGAAUAAUUUUUAACUGUUUUAAGCAGCCCUGAAAAAUAUGUUACAAUAAUAAGAUGUAAUUUGAUGCAUGUUAUGUUCCAAAACUUUAUCAGGUACAUUACAAGUGCUUUAUUAUAUACAUGUUCAGACAAGCAGGUUGUUAAUGUGGGUGGUUCUAGCUCUGAAAAACAUAUUUCUGUUCCUCUAGUCAUUUUUGGUUCUAACCAGUCAAAAUCAGUAAUCUAACACAGCUGAGUAUUAAUCUGAGUCAGGGACCCUGUAGUAAAGAGGAUUAAAAAUAGUUAUAAACUUGUUAAUUUUGUUUCCAUUUAUGAGUAAAGCAGCUUUUUGAUUUGUCUGUAUGACUUAUCCUGUUCAUGCUCAGGUUGCAGAGUGGGCCAUCCAGAAGCUGGGUCUGUCUGAGUACGCUGGGCAAAGCACUGGGACGUACAGUGGAGGGAACAAGAGGAAACUGUCCACAGCCAUCGCCAUGAUUGGCUGUCCAGCUCUGGUGCUGCUGGUGAGCAAAAUCACAGAGAGGGUUACUGUCAUGUUUGGUGUCUCUGUCUGAUACUGGUGUGCUUACUCUUCUUAUAUUUCUGUGUUAAAGGAUGAACCCACCACAGGUAUGGACCCUCUGUCCCGGCGGUUCCUGUGGAACUCCAUCAUGAGUGUCAUUCAGGACGGACGAGCCGUGGUUCUCACCUCACACAGGUUAACUCUCCUCUGUCUGCACAUCAAUUCAUCCCUAUUAGCUCAUGUUUGAACUUUGUCCUUUGUGUUUUCAGUAUGGAGGAGUGUGAGGCGCUGUGCACCCGCUUAGCUAUCAUGGUUAACGGAUCCUUUAAAUGUUUGGGGACCAUCCAGCAUCUCAAAUACAAGUUAGUCAGGAUACUUGUUCCUGAUAUUAAACUCCUGUAAAACUCCUGUAAAAACUGUAAAAUAUGACAUUUAUAGAAUAAUGAAAACAAAACACAAAAAGCUUUAUGAUAUCUUUGAUUUUUAGGUUUGGUGACGGCUACGUAGUGACCAUGAAGAUCAAAUCAGCUAAAGCCGGUUCCCCCCCAGACCUUAACCCUGCAGUAGCGUUCAUGGAGAGCACGUUUCCCGGCUGCAUCCAGAGAGAGAAACACCACAACACGCUGCAGUACAAGAUCUCCUCCUCCUCGCUUGCUAAGAUCUUUCAGAAAGUCCUGGCUAACAAAGACAAGCUGAAAAUAGAGGACUACUCUGUGUCACAGACUACUUUAGACCAGGUCAGUGUGAUUUUUCCUCAGCUUUGUUUUUUUUUAACUUGAAAAUAAAAUGACACAUUUCAGAGAUGAGGAGAGGGGGAACAACAUAUCACAUUAUAAACUGAACUAACAAAUGCUAUCAAAGGUGGUGUAGGCAGGAAUCCAUUAAAGAAGCAUCUUUUUUGUGGUGUAUACAAAAAGCUUUUAACAUCAGUCAAUAGCUAUUAGUUAUUGAUGACACUUGCGAAUAUAAUGAUAUUGCUGUGUUGUCUGAUGCCUGUGUAAUCAAAAUUAUGAAAAGUGUGAGCGUACACAAGCGUCUGUUUGUGGGCAGGGCUUGCUGGAGCAGACAGGGAAGGGAGAGGAGGAGCUGAGGGGAAAACCGGAGGGGAGGGGUAGUGUUUACUUUCAAGAUUUCUCCUAAAAACUGGUCUUCAUUCAGAUCCUGCCUCUACCACCUUUAACUCACAUGUCAUCAUCUAUUUUUUUCUGUAUCUCCGCAGGUUUUUGUGAGUUUCGCCAAGCUGCAGUCCAGGGAGGAUGACACUAUCGUGCUUCAUCCAAAAGCUGCAGGAGCUCAGCGAUACAAUGAACACAUGCCCAUCAAAUCAGUGGAAAAAUGA